AUGAAUUCAAUCUUAUUGCUAUUUACAGCCGCUGGAAGUGCUCUUGUGCUCUAUUGCAUUAUCACAUUACUUCGGGUAGGAAGAAGGUCUAAAGAUCUACCUCCUGGGCCACCUACUAUACCUAUCCUUGGGAACCUUCAUCUACUCAAAAUGCUUACGUUCAUUAGAUACCAAAAGAGCGGCCUCAUUUGCAAUAUCAGAAAUGGGCAGAAGAAUAUGGGUAUACCUCUAUCCACUUUAUGCAAGCAAGCACUCGUUAAUCUGAUGAAAAGGCCUAUUUACUCGCUCAUUCUCGGAACAAAAACGUACAUCGUCCUAUCAACUCCUACAGCUGUCAAAGAUCUGCUAGACAAGAAAAGCAGCAUCUACUCUUCUAGGCCAGAUAUAUAUCUCGGUCAAGAUGUAGUAAGCGAAGGUCGGAGAUUUGUUACCAUGGCAAGUAGCAGCAAGCGAACCACUAAAUAUGGUCCAAUGUGGCGGUCGGUCCAUAGGAUGAUGCAUAAUACUUUGAACAUUCAAACAGCAGUGGCUUACAUACCAUACCAAGACCUCGAGAACAAAGAUAUGAUGCUAGCAUUCUUGGACGAUCCAAAAGGCUUCCGUAAACAUGUGAGGCGAUAUACUACUUCUCUUACUACACAAAUGGUCUUUGGGUAUAGGACAACUUCACAGCAUGAUCCACGGUUGCUUAAGUUCUUCGAGAACUUUGAGGAAUGGGGCAAACUUGUCUCAGCUGGCAGCGCCCAGAUUUUGGACUUAUAUCCCAUUCUUCGAAAUCUACCAACGUUCCUUGCUCCAGCGUACAAGAGUGCAUUGGAACUUGGAAAAAAGGAGCUCGACUUGUAUAUGCAGAAUUGGAUGUCCACAAAGAACCGCAUCAAAGAUGGAACAUGCCAUCCUUGUUUUAGCUACGAUGUUCUAAAGGCCCAGAAGAACGAAGGCUUCUCGGAUGAACAGGCCGCAUACAUUACUGGAUCGCUGCUCGAGGGAGGCUCCGACACCACAUCGGGCACCUUAGUAGGUUUCAUUCAAGCAAUGAUGAUGUUUCCAGAAGUACAAAAGACCGCACAAGCACAAAUCGAUCAAGUCGUUGGUCCAGACCGGCUCCCAACGCUAGAUGAUAUCGAGAAUUUGAGGUACAUUCAAGCAUGCGUCAAAGAAACUAUACGCUGGAUGCCAACCUUAAUUAUUGGUCUACCACACUCCAAUAUUCAAGAUGAUGAGUACGAGGGCUACAAAAUCCCCAAUGGGUCAACAAUAGUGCCUAAUAACUGGACCUUGAACAUGGAUCCGAAGCGGAACCCUAAUCCUCGUGUUUUCGAUCCCACCCGUUUUGAAAACGAUUUCCAAAGUGAGAAAGAAUCUGCAACGAACAAGGAUGGAAAUCAGCGUCAGAACUGGAUUUUUGGAUCGGGUCGCCGUCUUUGCCAGGGUAUGCACAUUGCUGAGCGAUCGCUUUUCAUGGGCAUGGCCAGAAUGCUCUGGGCAUAUAACUUUGAAAGGGUUAUCGAUGAAAAUGGAGUUCCUGUUCCUGUCGAUAUUGAUGAUUUCGUUGGUGGAAUAGCUGUGCAGCCGGUAGACUUUGAGGUGAAUAUUACACCUAGGUCAAAGGAAAAGGCGGACAUUAUUCGGAACGCAUGGAAAAAUGUCGAAGAGACUCUGCUAGAUGCCGAAACAAAGCAGUGGCUUAAAGUGCCACCAGGUAUGACAUUUAACACUGCAGAGACAAUGAAACUCUGA